AUGUCCAGCUCAGAGGAUGCUCUCUUAUCAGACCUCUGCACCAUCUGUCACAUCAACGCGCCUAAAUAUCGCUGCCCUCGCUGCUCAACUCGCACUUGCUCCCUUCCCUGCUCGCGCCGCCAUAAGCUCUGGUCCCAAUGCUCCGGUAUCCGCGAUCCAGCAGCCUACCUACGUCGCAACGAACUAGCCACCGAGGCUGCCUUUGACCGCGACUUCAAUUUCAUCACCGGCAUUGAAAGACAGAUCGAACGCGCCGAACGCGAUGCGGAUAAUCGAGGUGUCCAGGUAGAUCCGCAGCGACAUACGUAUACCGAUGUUGCUGCCGUGGGGCUCGAACACGAAGUCGAGAGUGAGGGUGACGGCGCGCGGAAGAGAAAGAGACCGAAUAAUGAUGGCGGUAUGGUUAGGGGCGAGACGGCGUUUAUGCGCGGUGCUGAGAAUGCGGGCGUCAAAGUUAUUCGGGCGCCGAAGGGGAUGAGUCGGAGUAAGAGUAAUGGGUCGAGGUGGCAUCCUAAGGCUAAAAGUUUGAAUUGGACGGUUGAGUGGAUUAUGCCUGACGGUCAGAAGCGGAGCAGACAUUGUCUCGAGUCGAGUACCAUUUCGGAGGCUUAUGAUCGAGUUUAUCCUCUGCCGAAGCAGGAGAAGGAGCAGAAGAAAAUGGAAGAGCAGCAGAAGCAGUCGUUAGAGCAGGGCGAAGAGAAGGAACAAGAGCCUGCGUCCGAAACCCUUGAAGGCGGCGGACCUUCGGAAGAUACACAAACUCCGCAAGACACGACUACGCCGCCAGUCGAGAACGAGACACAGUCGGCCGACGCUCUAGAUCAGCAAUCGUCAACACAAUCUGCCGAGGUCACCUCCCACCGCGAUGUCUUUUUCUAUCUGCAUCGCCCAAGAACAACCACCAAGGAAAAUGUUCUGAUUCCGUUAUCUCCCAAGAUUGAUUUCACCUCGGCCCUUCGCGGGCGUACUGUGUUGGAGUUCCCUACCAUUUAUGUGCUGCAUGAGUCCCCGGAAGCUUUGAGUACCGACGCCGAGAAUCCCCGAUUCCUUCUAGAGGAAGAAUACACACGCACACAUCCUGACCCGGAGCCUGAGGUUGACGAAAUAACCGCCGAGGCUGAGACACAGCCGCUACCUGGCUCGAAGGAUCUUACGAACAUCGAUGAGAAGAAGGUUUUGGAAGUCUUCAAACAGGAUCUGUUUGAAUCCGUUCCCGCAGGGGCAGCGGAUUAA